AUGGCAUACAGAAACGCACUGCUGAUCCUGUUUUUGGCAAACUACAUAUCAAAAGCAUUGACUCACAAUUUCACAGAUCUAGCAAUGGAUUUACAGAAUUUCUCAAUUUCUCCAACUGGUUGUGGUCGUGACAUCAAUUCUAUUUACUUUGGCCUCUGUGAUAUACAUGCAGCCUGGGGAAUUAUACUAGAAGCUGUGGCAGGCUUCGGAAUCAUUUGCACAGUUAUCCUAGCAGUAAUCUGUUUGGUUCAAGCCCCCUUAGUUGCCCAAGAUGAACGCAGACAUCUCUUACCUAUCAACUUUAUGUUGAUAGUUGGUGUCUUUGGCUUGUUCUCUUUGGUCUUUGCCUUUAUUAUAGCACCAGAUGAUGUGAUCUGUAUAGUGCGCAGAUUUUUAUUUGGGGUGCUAUUUGCUAUGUGCUUUUCAUGUCUGGUGGCACACUCUGUCAGACUUAACUAUUUGGCAUCGCAAAACCACGGCCCUGGUGCAUGUUUGGUGACCCUGUUGGCUGCCGGUCUGUUUUUGGUAGAGGCAGUGAUAAAUGUGGAAUGGCUUCUGAUCACUGAUGUGCGCUACAAAUUUCAAUCGCUUGACCCAUCUGAAAAUCUUUGUUAUGUUACUAACCAAGACUUUGUGGCUGCUUUAGUAUAUGUAAUGUUCCUUAUAUUGUCCUCACUAGUAAUACCUUUCCCAGUACUCUUUGGACAAUAUAAACAAUGGAAACGACAUGGAAAAUAUAUAAUAGUAACAGCAUGUUUAUCUGUUGUUAUUUGGAUUAUUUGGAUUGUGAUGUACACCUAUGGAAAUGAAAACCUAGGUCACAAAAGAGCUUGGGACGACCCAGUUCUUGCUAUCGCUUUAAUAUCCAAUGGGUGGGUAUUCAUCUUCUGUUAUAUUAUCCCAGAGCUAGUGGAAAUGAGAAGGACUGGAUACCAAUAUGAAACAGAUCAUAUAAACAUAUUGAAUAGAUUUGUCAACUGCCCAUCCUUCAUAAUAGAUAACAAAGCAUUCUCCUUGGAGAACAUAGAGGAGGCUAAAGAUGGAAAAGCGUAUGAUAAGCCAAUUUCUCCUUAUAGUGGCUACAAUGGACUGUAUCCUACUCUGUAUCCAAAGCCUUGUGAACUAACCCUUGGCAACAGAGCGAAAAGCCUGUCCAGGAUGACUGCUCCUGGCAUGGAGGAGAGUGUUGCGCGUAAUUGGUUUCCUAUAAACCUCAGUGACAAUCCCUUUACCGGGUCUUUUGGAGAUGAGCCUUCUGGAAAAAGUGAUUCCAAGGAUGCAAGGUCACAACAUUCACCAAAGGAAAGUGCUUCAUUUGAUACUUGCCCUCCAGAUGGUGAGGCUAGCCCUUCAAUCUCAGUGACCUGA